AUGGACAGGUCCAAUUCAACAUCUCCUGUGGUGGGGUUCAUCCUCCUGGGGCUCUCAGCCCACCCAAAGCUGGAGAAAAUGUUCUUUGUGCUCAUCCUCCUGAUGUACCUGGUCAUCCUGCUGGGCAAUGGGAUCCUCAUCCUGGUGACUGCCCUUGACUCCCGCCUGCACAGGCCCAUGUACUUCUUCCUGGGGAACCUCUCCUUUCUGGACAUCUGCUACACAACCUCCUCAGUGCCCCUCAUUCUCGACAGUUUCCUGACCCCCAGGAAAACCGUCUCCUUCUCAGCCUGUGUCGUGCAGAUGUUUCUCUCCUUUGCCAUGGGAGCCACAGAGUGUGUGCUUCUGGGCAUGAUGGCAUUUGAUCGCUAUGUAGCCAUCUGUAACCCCCUUAGCUACCCCAUGGUCAUGAACAAGGCUGCCUGUGUGCCCAUGGCUGUUGGCUGCUGGACAGCUGGAAGCAUGACUGCCAUGGUGCAAACAUCCUUAGCGAUGCGACUGCCCUUCUGUGGGAACAAUGUCAUCAACCAUUUUACCUGCGAGAUCCUGGCUGUCCUGAAGUUGGCCUGUGCUGACAUCUCCAUCAAUGUGAUCAGUAUGACAGUGGCCAAUGUGAUCUUUCUGGGCAUUCCAGUUCUGUUCAUUUUUGUCUCCUAUGUGUUUAUCAUUGCUACCAUCCUGAGGAUCCCAUCAACUGAGGGGAGGAAAAAGGCCUUCUCCACCUGCUCUGCCCACUUCACAGUUGUGGUCAUCUUCUAUGGGACCAUCCUCUUCAUGUAUGGGAAACCCAAAUCCAAGGAUCCCCUGGGGGCAGACAAGCAGGAUAUUUCUGACAAGCUCACCUCCCUCUUCUAUGGGGUGGUGACCCCUAAGCUCAAUCCCAUCAUCUACAGCCUUAGGAACAAGGACGUGAAGGCCACUGUGAAGAACCUGGUCCUACGCAAACAUGUCAUCCAGUGA